AGCUCCCACCAAAGCUGACUCAGGUGAACUCUUCCUGGAAGUGUGCAGUCCUGAAGACAAGCCGGGCAGCCAGUAGCCUGGGGAUUUUGGAGUGAUCACUAAUGGGUCAGGUGUUGGGGUUCCUGAGGUAACUUGCCAGUGCAUCCUGGCUGAGUCUCAGCAUUUCUCAGCAGAACCCACUGAAAAUAAGGAAGAGAACAAUAUGAAGAGGAAGAAGGAGCAGCGAAGGGAGUGCCUCAGCGCCUGGGACUGUCCUCAUGGCCCUGUUGGUUUACACAACAUUGGACAGACCUGCUGUCUUAACUCCUUGAUUCAGAUAUUAAUUAUGAAUGUGGGAUUCACCAAGAUAUUGAAGAGGAUAACGGUACCAAGGGGAACAGAAGAGCAGAGGAGAAGUGUCCCCUUCCAAUUGCUCUUGCUACUGGAGAGGAUGCAGGACAGCCGUCAGAAAGCAGUGCAACCUAUGGAGCUUGCCUACUGUCUCCAGAAGUACAAUGUUCCAAUGUUUGUCCAGCAUGAUGCUGCUCAACUCUACCUCACAGUUUGGAACCUAAUUAAGGACCAAAUCACAGAUGUGGACUUGGUAGAGAGGCUGAAGGCUCUGUAUACAAUUCGGGUGAAGGAGUCCUUGGUUUGCCUUGAAUGUACUGUGGAGAGGAGCAGAAACAGUAGCAUGCUGACCCUCCCCCUUCCUCUUUUUGAUAUGGACUCAAAACCCCUGAAAACACUGGAGGAUGCCCUUCGAUGUUUCUUCCAGCCCAGGGAGUUAUCAGGCAAAAGCAAAUGCUUCUGUGAGAAAUGUGGGAAGAAGACUUGUGGGAAACAGGUCUUGAAGCUGACCCAUUUACCCCAGACCUUGACAAUCCACCUCUUGCGGUUCUCCAUCAGGAAUUCACGGACAGAAAAAAUCUGCCACUCACUCUAUUUCCCACAGAGCUUGGAUUUAAGUCAGGUCCUUCUGAUGGAGGAAGACCUCCAUGAUGCUGAGGAACAGCUUGGAAGACAAUAUCAACUCUUUGCUGUGGUUGCCCAUGUGGGAGCAGCUGACUUUGGUCAUUACUGUGCAUAUAUCCAGAAUUCUGUGGAUGGAAACUGGUUCUGCUUCAAUGAUUCCAAUGUUUCUUGGGUAUCCUGGGAAGACAUCCAGUGUACUUAUGGAAAUCAUAACUACCGCUGGCGGGAAACUGCUUACCUUCUGGUUUACAUGAAGAUUGAGUCCUAAUGGAUGUACCCUAGACCUUCAGAGACUGACAAAGUUUCAUUUUCCUUUCUAUCCCUGGAUUUGCUGACUCUUUCAAGAGAUUUUGCAGUGAGAAGAAACCUCAUUUUUCAAAUUGUGUAAACUUUACAUAUAAUCAGGGGUAAUUAUCAAAUAUUCGACAGUGACUUUGCAUGGGUCUUGAUUGGCCAGAAUGGAGACUUCCACCUGUGGACCCCGGCCAUAUGGCUGGAGCAGGGACCUGAAUGCUGCCUGCUGUGGAAGGCAUCAGUUCUUUAGUUAGGGGAGUGCAAGAGUCCACACGCCCCUUGGAGGAGGAGAAACCAGGCCAACAGUGGUAGUGGGAGGCUCUCAGGUGGCAAGGGGCAGUGGUAGGGAUGUAUUUCUGUAUUUUACAGCUAGCGUGACUGUCCUGGUAUGUACUGGCAGGAUAUUACAUUUGUUUAUGAUUUAAAACAAUUUUAGAACCCAUAUCAGUUCUGCGAAAGUCAAGUGUUUUUUAAUUGUUAUUCAUUUAUUUGACAAAUAUGUAUUGAUCACCUUCUCUCCAUAAGAUGGUGUGCUAGGCACCAGAGUGAAUAAAGGUC